GGGAGGUUGUGGAAUAGACGGAUUACGCAGACAGAUCAGUGCUGGUGCCGUAUGGAACGUCGGAGGCUCAUCAGCUGCCAUAGCGCAGCAGCCUGGUGCGGUGUUUGGUGGGACAAAUCUGCAUGCGAGUGGAACGACCGCUCCGAUGCACGCGGCCAGGUUUCUGCCGCCGGCUGCAUCAAUAGAGAGAGUACAGAAAUAUCAGUCAAGAGUUGCGCUUGCCUUGGAUCUCGACCCCGCUGCAAGGGUGCUAACAAAUUCUGGACUUUGGCCACUGCUUGAGCUCACGCCGAGUCCAUCUUCUCCCAAUUACGAACGACUCUCGCCGUUAGUUUGGAAAGAGAACGCAUGGAAGAGGGCUGAAAGGGGUCAAUGGACGAUGAAUGGACUGAGAGCAGGGGAUGACAGAACAGUCCC